GUCAGAUAAACUUUCCUGAACGUAUGUAAACAGUGCGGAUUUUCUCUUUUUUCACCAGGAAAUCGCCGUAAUUCAGUCGUGAAUAUAGUGGAAAAUGUCUGAUAGCGAUUCUGAGCAAUUGCAGCAAAAUGCCUUCGAAUCCAUGGCGGAGCACGAAGCAGAGAUGCAGAGGCAAAUGAUGAGCGUCCCUCCGCCGGGAAUUGCGAUGGGGCAGCUUCCGCCGCCGGGAACAAUGCCAGUGCCGCCGCCCGCGGUUCCCGGAGGGCCGCCGGGGACUUGGAGUCAGCAGGAUUCCGGAAAUGAGAGCGACGAGAAGAUCCCCUCGCUGAUGUCGCUGGUACUGGACAAACCGGACGAGGUGAAGGCCAAGAAGCCGGCCGAAGUCGUGCUGCCGAAGGCACUGGAAGAAGUGCUGGCGCUGAAGGAUCAGCGCGCGAUGGAACUGGGCAGUCAAGCGGAGGAUAUCAUGAAGGCGACGCAGCCUCAGAUGUCCACGGGCGUGAUCAGCACGGACUACGCGGAUGCAGAUGUGGAUUCUGACGAUGAGGUGGAUAUGGUGACGGCGCCAGAGCCGCAAGCGGGUAAAGGGGAGGGAAAAGUGGACAAGAAUAGGCGGAAGAAGAAGCGCAAGAAGCAGAACAGGCAGCAGCGAAUGGCAGCACAACGUGAAGCCGAAACGAAGAAGGACGAGGAUGGAAAGAAAGAGGAAAACGGGCCGAAAGAGACGCCUAAAGGAGAUGAGGUUGAGGAGGAUGUCCAGAUUGAGUAUGUACCGGAGAAGAUCACAAUAGCUGACUUGGCGCCAAUGUAUCGGCAGUUUUACCGCGUCUUUGAGAUGUUUAAAAUCGAAGAGAAGCGGCCGAAUGAGCAACAAUUGGCCGACCAACUGGCGGCUGAGAAGCUGGCUAAGGAGAAGCAAAAGCUAAUCACGGAUGACAUGGACGAGGACGAGGAGGAGUUUGAUGGCGACAAAGCGGAAGACAAAGAGAGAAUGUCGAAGAGGAAACUCAAGAAAUUGACUCGCCUCAGUGUGGCUGAGCUGAAGCAGCUCGUGAGUCGCCCAGAUGUUGUGGAGAUGCACGAUGUCACAGCGCGUGACCCGAAGCUUCUGGUGCAGCUGAAGGCGCAUCGCAACACAGUUCAGGUGCCGCGUCACUGGUGCUUCAAGAGGAAGUAUCUGCAGGGGAAGCGCGGCAUCGAAAAGCCACCCUUUGAUCUGCCGGCGUUUAUCAAGAAGACUGGCAUCAUGGAGAUGAGGGCGUCGCUGCAGGAGAAGGAUGAGGCGAAAACGCUGAAGGCUAAGAUGAGAGAGCGCGCCCGACCGAAGAUGGGGAAGAUUGACAUUGAUUACCAGAAGCUGCACGAUGCGUUCUUCAAGUGGCAGACAAAGCCCAGGAUGACCAUUCAUGGGGAUCUAUACUACGAGGGCAAGGAAUUCGAGACGAGACUGAAGGAGAAAAAACCCGGAGACUUGUCGGAGGAGCUGAGAACGGCUCUGGGCAUGCCGAUCGGGCCGAACUGCCACAAGAUUCCGCCUCCGUGGCUGAUUGCGCAGCAGCGAUACGGUCCGCCGCCGAGUUAUCCCAAUCUGAAGAUUCCCGGGCUGAAUGCGCCCAUUCCGGACGGCACAUCGUUCGGUUAUCACGCCGGCGGAUGGGGAAAGCCGCCGGUGGAUGAGAAAGGAAAGCCUCUGUACGGAGAUGUGUUCGGCACGAACGCCCUGGAUCAGGACAGUGGAGUUGAUGAUGGGGAGAUUGACAGGCAGAUGUGGGGCGAGUUGGAGUCGGAAUCUGAGGAGUCCAGCGAGGAGGAGGAGGAAGAAGGCGAGGACCUGGGCAAUGCACCCGACGAGAGCGGCCUUGUGACACCGGCUGAGGGCUUGGUGACGCCGUCAGGCUUGACCAGUGUGCCGGCGGGCAUGGAGACGCCGGACACGAUUGAGCUGCGCAAGAAGAAGAUAGAGAGCGAGAUGGAGGACAACGAGACGCCCGUGCUGUACCAUGUGUUGCCGGAGAAGCGCAACGAGCGCAUCGGGAACGCCAUGAUGGCCUCCACGCACGUGUAUGACGUCGCGGGGCACAUGAAGGCGCCCCCGCCGCCCAGGUUCCCGCCGAUCGGCGAGCGCGAAGGCAUGGUGGAGCUGGCGCUGGAUCCAUCUGAGCUGGAUAUGGACAACGAGGCCAUGGCGCAGCGCUACGAGCAGCAGAUGCGCGAGCAGCAGAGCCACCUGCAGAAGGAGGAUCUCUCGGACAUGCUGGCGGAGCACGUGGCCAGGCAGAAGUCCAAGCGGAAGCGCCAGCAAGUGGACACGAGCAGCAAGCAGACGAAGAAAUACAAGGAGUUCAAGUUCUAAGGCAAACUAUCUUAUCUGACGCAUGAAAUCACGGCUGGAAAUUGAUUUUAGUGAUUUUUAUUGGAAUUUAUUGAUAAGGUGUGAACCGAAGAGGCGAACUGGUUCCAUUUGAGAAGUGUAUUAGAUGUAAUGUGCCCAAAAGUCUCUCAAUAAACUAUUAUAAAGGAAAUGUAA